CAAAGAGAGCCAUGCUAUGCCUAAAUCUGAAGCAGAGGAGGGGCCAAGGAUAGAAGCAGUUUAUACACUAGAGGAGUCCUUUCACCAGGAGUGGUGUGCAAGUCUAAAGCAGGUUACAGAGCUGACAUGUGUUAAAGAUGAAGAGGUCCCUCAACUGGAAUGUGUUACUAUUAAAAAGGAAUUCAUAGAACAGGAAUGUGUCCCCAUCGCAGAGGAAGUUCCUACUGAAAAUAAUGUCUGUACACUUGAGGAGAACAACCAGCUGGGAUCCAACCUGCGUGAUGAUUGUCCACCUCAAUUUGAACUUGGAUUUAGAGCUGCUAAAGGAAAUCUCACAAGAGGGGCUACAUUUCCCUGUGCUGACUGUGGGAAGAAUUUCAGUUGUUUAUCACAGCUUCAAAUCCACCAGCGCGUUCACACAGGAGAGAAACCUUAUCACUGCACUGAGUGCGGGAGGAGUUUCAGUCGUUUAACAGACCUGAAAAUCCACCAGCGCAUUCACACAGGAGAAAAACCUUAUCACUGCACUGAGUGUGGGAGGAGUUUCACACAGUUAGGAAAUCUUCAAUCACACCAGCGCAUUCACACAGGAGAGAAACCUUAUCACUGUACUGAGUGUGGGGGAAGUUUCUCAUUGUUACAAAAUCUUAAAAAACACCAGCGCAUUCACACAGGAGAGAAACCUUAUCACUGCACUGAGUGUGGGAGGAGUUUCACAUUGUUACAAAGUCUUCAAUCACACCAGCGCAUUCACACAGGAGAGAAACCUUAUCACUGCACUGAGUGCGGGAAGAGAUUCAGUCGUUUAGCAGACCUGAAAAGACACCACCGCAUUCACACAGGAGAAAAAGUGUGGGAGGAGUUUCACACUGUUACAAAAUCUUAAAAAACACCAGCGCAUUCACACAGGAGAGAAACCUCAUCACUGCACAGAGUGUGGGAAGAGAUUCGCACAGUUAGGACAUCUUCAAUCACAGCAGCGCA